GAGCUCAUAGUCUUGUGAGCCCAGUGGCGUCAUUGCCCCUCCCUGGGAACAGAUAAAAGCAGAGACUGUGGUGCAACUGCCCCAGAUCCACUGAAAACUGCUGCACAGGUCUUACACCAUGUCUAUCUAUCCAUCUCUGGAGGAUCUGAAGGUGGACAGAGUCAUGCAGGCUCAGUCCACCCAAAUGGCACAACCUGCAGCAAUAAUGCCGUCGGUACCGCAGAGCAACCCAGGUCUGUACCCCAACCUGUCUGAACUCUCAAAUUACAUGGGUCUGUCACUGACUGAUGAGGAGAUCCAGCUGAAUAUGUCCCUGGUACCAACAGGGGGCAGUGAGAUUGCAGUUCCACAGGCCCUGAGUGGGGGCUUGGUAGCACCAGUGACAGGAAACGACAUUGGACUGAGACGUGCAGAGAUUAAAAAUGGGGUCCGGGAGGUGAUUUUGUGCAAGGACCAGCAUGGGAAAGUGGGACUGAGGCUACGGGCUGUAGACAAGGGAAUAUUUUUGCAACUGGUUCAAGCCAAUUCUCCAGCCUCAUUGGUUGGUUUGCGGUUUGGAGAUCAAGUUCUACAAAUUGAUGGGGAUAGCUGUGCCGGAUGGAGCACGGACCGUGCACACAAAGCAUUGAAAAAAGCAUCACAGGACAGAAUUAGUCUGAUAGUGCGGGACCGCCCAUUCCAACGGACAAUCACCCUGCAGAAAGACAGUACUGGACAUGUUGGAUUCAUUUACAAGAAAGGCCUGAUUACAUCACUAGUAAAAGAUGGAUCUGCUGCCAGGAAUGGUCUGCUCACCAAUCAUUACCUUUGUGAGGUCAACGGGCAAAAUGUCAUUGGACUCAAGGAUCAUCAGGUUGGAGACAUUUUGGCAUCAUGUGGACGUACCGUAACAGUGACAGUGAUUCCCAAUAAAAUCUAUGAGCACAUGGUGAAGAGAUUAUCCUCUGGGCUCCUGAAAAACUCAAUGGACCACUCUGUUCCUGAAGUUUGAGCUCCCCAAAUAAAUCUGUGUAAAAUAUGGGCUGAAAGAGAACAGGUCUCCCCCAGAUAUGCCGAUUCUGCACUUUCUAAGAAUAAGUCUCUCCCUACUACUACUUCAUUCCAAGAAGAAGCUUGGUAUGAAAUUGCAGGCCCUGAUUCAAAAUGCUCAGCAAAAGGUGCCUACGUUUUCUUAUUAGGAAUUGUGUGUUUGUAUAUAAUGUACUGUAUAUUAUUGUGACAUUAAAGGAACAUUUAUGGAAUUUA